CAAAAAGCUUGGCGGGACUUGGAGAUUCCCAAGCUAGUACACCAGUUUUGGCGGUCUGGAAGUGCUGUGUAGGGCAAGAGAUGGAAAGCUGAAUGUACUUUAAUUGCGCUUUAAGAAAAGAGUAGGCUCACCAUGCCUGCAGCUGGUACCAAAAAGAAGGCUACUACACCUCAGACUUCUUUAACCAGCGAAUCAUACACACAGCUGGAUUUUUUACCUGACAAGCUCAGAACAAAGCUGCUUCCAUUCCAAAAAGAUGGCAUUGUUUUUGCCCUCAGAAGAGAUGGCAGGUGUAUGGUGGCUGAUGAAAUGGGUCUAGGAAAGACAAUCCAAGCAAUUGCAGUUGCUUACUUCUACAAAGAGGAAUGGCCGCUGCUAAUAGUCGUCCCUUCGUCUCUGAGGUACCCGUGGGUAGAAGAGCUAGAAAAAUGGAUCCCAGAGCUAGAGCCAGAGGAGAUCAAUGUUAUCAUGAAUAAAGCGGACAUUGGGAGAAUCCCAACCAGCAGAGUGACAGUCCUAGGCUAUGGUCUCUUAACCACGGAUGCUCAGACUUUGGUGGAUGCACUCAACAGCCAGAACUUCAGAGUCGUCAUAGUGGACGAGUCCCACUACAUGAAGUCUAGAACUGCUGCCCGCAGCAAGAUUCUCCUGCCUGUGGUGCAGAAGGCCAGGCGGGCCAUUCUUCUCACAGGAACGCCGGCUCUGGGAAGGCCAGAGGAGCUUUUCAUGCAGAUUGAGGCUCUUUUCCCACAAAAAUUUGGAACGUGGAUGGAGUAUGCUAAAAGAUACUGCAAUGCACAGAUCAGAUACUUUGGUAGAAGGCGUCAGUGGGAUUGUAGAGGGGCAUCAAACCUUAGCGAACUUCACCAACUACUAAGUGACAUAAUGAUCAGAAGAUUAAAGAGCGAAGUUUUAAGCCAGCUGCCCCCAAAAGUCAGACAGCGCAUUCCGUUUGACCUCCCACCAGCAGCUGUGAAGGAACUGAAUGCCAGCUUUGAAGAAUGGCAAAAAUUAAUGAGAGGUCCCGAUUCAGGUGCCAUGGAGACUGCUCUAGGGUUGAUAACGUCCAUGUUCAAACAGACUGCCAUUGCCAAGGCAGGUGCAGUGAAGGACUACAUUAAGAUGCUGCUUCAGAAUGAGUCGCUUAAGUUUCUGGUCUUUGCUCACCAUUUAAGUAUGCUCCAAGCUUGCACGGAAGCAGUCAUCGAAAACAAGGCUCGUUACAUCAGGAUAGAUGGAAGUGUGCCGUCUUCAGAAAGGAUUCAUCUGGUGAAUCAGUUUCAGAAGGAUCCCAAUACCCGGGUGGCUAUCCUGAGCAUUCAGGCUGCUGGCCAGGGCUUGACAUUUACUGCGGCCAGUCACGUCGUCUUUGCUGAGUUGUAUUGGGACCCGGGCCACCUCAAACAAGCCGAAGACCGCGCUCACAGAAUUGGACAGUGCAGUUCUGUGAAUAUCCACUACCUUAUUGCAGAGGGCACUCUGGACAGCCUGAUGUGGGCAAUGCUGAAUCGAAAGGCUCAGGUCACAGGGAGCACACUGAAUGGCAGGAAGGAGAAACUCCAGGCUACAGAAGAUGACAAGGAGAAGUGGGGUUUUCUGCAGUUCGCUGAAGCAUGGACCCCAAGAGACAGUUGUGAGGAUCUCAAGGAUGCCGUGUUCACUCAUUUUGAAAAAGAAAAGCAGCAUGAUAUUCGAUCAUUCUUCUUACCAAAACUGAAAAAGAGACAGUCGGAAACAUCCUGUGAGGAAUCAAAGGUAUUCAAGGAGAAGAUUAAAGUGGCCUCAGACCCUGGAAAAAUGGCUACAAGUGACAGCGCUGAUGACAAAAAUGGUUUUGAACCUGAAGCUAAAAGACUGAAGACACUCAGCGGCACUCUGGAGGAAAGUCCGUCCCUGCGAGUCAGAGCCACAUCCAUGGAAGGUGUCCAUGAGGUCAAGUCCCCGCUGGCCUCCCCAGCGCUUCCUGAGAAGGGGUGGCAGUGUGGCUUCUGCACCUUCCUCAAUGACCCGGUCCUUCCUUACUGUGAGAUGUGUGAGAACCCUCAGGGCAGAGCUGCUGGCCUCAACCAUAUGGAGAAUAACAACAAAAAUGGGGAAGAUAAUUCUCAGAAAAGCUCCUCCAAAAAUGAUCAGGCUGGUUUGGACUGUUUAAAACAACUGCCAGAACACUCGGAAGUGGGGCAGUUGGCUAAUAAGAAGGAAGAAACAUUGGAAGGUGAGAGGGAAGGCAGACUGCUAUCCCAGGCAGGGACUGGGCAAUUGAAUAAUUCAGGCACUCUGCCAGCGUGUGAGACCUUCAUGUUCUGUGCAAGUCGGAACACCGAGCGGGUCCACCUCUAUACCAAGGACGGAAAACCGAUGAACUGUAACUUCAUUCCUUUGGAUAUAAAAUUAGACCUUUGGGAAGACUUACCAGCAAGCUUUCAACUGAAACAGAAUCGCUCAGUGAUUCUGAGGUUUGUCCGAGAAUGGAAUAGUCUGACUGCCAUGAAGCAGAGAAUGGUCAGGAAAAGUGGGCAACUGUUCUGCAGCCCAGUCCUGGCAUUGGAAGAGAUCACAAAGAAACAAGCCAAAGAAAAUAGUACUAAAAGAUACAUCACCAAAGAAGAUGUUGCCACAGCCUCCAUGAAUAAGGUGAAAAAUGACGGGGGACACAUCCGUUUGAUCACCAAGGAGUCCAGGCCACAGGACCCAUCCACAAAAAAGCUUGGCCGAGCCUGUGUCCCAUCUCCAAAUCCCUGCCCAGCUGACCUCGCUGUUGAGCCAUCCCCGUCCAAAGGCUACAUCCAGGCUGUGGAUAAGGAAGGAAGGCCGCUCUGCCUCCGCUGCCAGCACCCCACCUGCCAGCCUGAGCAAGGGUCUAAAGCCAGCGCCUGGGACUCACGGUUCUGCUCCCUCAAGUGUCAGGACGAAUUCUGGAUCCGAUCCAAUAACAGUUACCUGAGAGCCCAGGUGUUCGCAGCAGAACACGGUGUGUGCCAGCUGUGCGGUGUGAAUGCACAGGAACUCUUCCUGCAAGUGAGAGAUGCCCCUAAAAGUCAGAGGAAGAGUCUUCUAGACGCUGCCUGGACUGCAAAGCUCCCCCUGGAGCAGCUCAAUGACAUGCUGAGAGACCCAGGAGAAGGCCACUUCUGGCAGGUGGAUCACGUCAGGCCGGUGUACGAGGGAGGAGGACAGUGCUCCCUGGACAACCUGCAAACUCUUUGCACAGUGUGCCACAAGGAGAGAACAGCCCGACAAGCCAAGGAAAGAAGCCGGGUGAGACAGCGCGCUCUGGCAGCAAAGCACGGCUCAGACAUCACUCGGUUUCUGCUGAAGAAGUGAAGCAGGUGGGAGGACUUGACACGAUUUAGCUUCAUGCUUGUCUAGUAUUUCAUUUUAAUUCUCUCUCUUCUUUUUCUUCCUGUGGGCCCUCUUCAUCAGGUAUCACAAAACCUUCUUCUACAGGUCUCUGCAGUGCAGGGUUAUUUUUUUCUCAUUCUCCUGGCAAAUCAGUUCAAUGUUCCUUAGCCUUCCAAAGUAGACAUCUCUCCAAGUCUUCAGCAGUAAGCUUCAGUUCUUUGACCUGCUGCUUCGUCGUCCCCGCUGGCCGCACCAGGGUUCUUUUGCACCCUGUCUGGGCCAGCCCAGGAGCUGCAGUAGUUGUCUGUGUUGCAAUAGACUGGAGCUGAGAGGCUUCCUUAGUUUACUCAGAGCUGGAGUGACAAGAGAAGGAGCUGCUGCAGUUUCUUGAUCUUGUCCGUCAGCCACAGGCUCACACUCUUCCAUCAUAAUUUGCAUCAAAAAACCUCUUGAACCAUUGAACGAGUUCCAGAUUGUCCUGAAAUUUUCCUUUUUCUAAUUUAUCCACAGGAACUAUUUUGUCAACACCCGUCCUCUUGAAACCUGCUUGUAGUCUUUUAAGUUCUAAACCUACUCGUGUUCUAGCUUGGCUUGAAAUUUCACUUUCUCCCAGGCAGGGGAGCCAGGGAAGAACAUGUCCUCAGCCUGACAGUGUCAGGCCCCACUGCAGAGGCUCCCUAAUCCAAGCCAGCAUGUCACGUCGACUUAGGUUAUCUGUCUAGUAUUUAAGAAUGACAGGUUUUUAAACAUAAAUCGAGAAGUAAAGUUUAGGGUUUGUGCUAAGUACUCAGGUAUGGUGGGAAGCAUGUCUAUGGUCCUACUGACUCCAUGCAGAUCGGAAAUUAUGUUUCAGCAAGAUUUCCUUCAGCUUUUGUUUCCUCUUCUACACCUUAAUCACUGCAUUACACAUAGAUAAUAUGUAAUAAAUAUAUUCCCAGUUACUGAGAGUUGCUCCUUGAUUAGUAUUGGUUCUGGACUGUGUGGUAUAAAAUGGAACAUUCCAGAACAAUCAGGGAAAUUUUGGAGCUUAGUCUUCAUUAUUAAAUGAAUUCCAGGCAGACCAUGACCAGCCUACUUCUUGUAAAGCACCUCCAAACCAAGACUUUGGGCGCACGUUCGGGGUGUUGCCUCCUUGUUUUAUUUCUGCACCAGUAGUCUUUAUCGAAAUAUUUCUAUAAAUAAACUCACUGUAAUCAGACAUGGCAUCUGUGUAGAACUUGUGUGCUUUGGGUAAGUGUGAGAAUGAACGACAAAAUGUGAAGCGUAAUGCCAUACACACCUUGCGUUCUACUUUUCUGUUUGCUUAUUGGUUUGCUUUUUGCAUUUUGGUUUGUUUUGAAUGUGUAAAACCAUGCCCAUUAUCAAAACAGCCUUUGUCUCUUCGUUCUCAUUUUCUGGUUUUCAAAUUCUGGUAAUAUUUUGUUUUGUUUUAAGAAUAAACCUUGUUAAGGUGUUUUUAAA